CCGCCGCCGCCGCCGCCGCCCCGUUUGCUGACGAGGAGGCCCCCGGCCGGGGCCCUGGGCGCCGGGCAUAAAACGGGCCCGGGCCGGGGCUGGGGCCGGAGCCGCCGUCCCCGGGCAGCGGAGCCGCUUGGAGCCCGCGUCUAGGCACCGUCCGCCCGCCCUGUCCCGCCCGGCCGCCGCUGUUGUAAUGCCCCGGCAGCAUCGCAGUCCCCAGCUCGGCUCGGCCCGGCCCCGGCCCCGGCCCGGCCUCGGAGAGUCCCCGGCCGGCCGGCCCGCCCGACCUCCUCGCCUCGCGUCGCCCGCCCCGCCCGGCCCGGCCCAGCCCGGAGGCUGCCUGCCUUCGCCGGCCCGCGUCAUGCGGAGCCUCUCGGGCCCGCCGGCUCACUUUCUACUUUUUGGGCUCCUGGCGCUGGGGUCCCGGGCGGCCCGCGGCUCCGGCCCCGAGCUCCCCCAGCUGCCCAUCCGGCCCGAGAAGGAGCCGCUGCCCGCCCGGGGUUCGGCAGGCUGCUCCUUCGGGGGGAAGCUCUAUGCCCUGGAGGAGACGUGGCACCCGGACCUGGGGGAGCCCUUCGGGGUGAUGCGCUGCGUGCUGUGUGCCUGCGAGCUGCCCUCUUGGGGUCGCCGGGGCAGGGGUCCGGGACGAGUGAGCUGCAAGAACAUCAAACCCGAGUGUCCGGUGCCGAACUGCGGGCAGCCCCGGCAGCUGCCGGGUCACUGCUGUCAGACGUGCCCCCCUGAGCGGACCCCUCCCGAAAAGCAGCCCUCCGCUUCGGCCUUCGAGUACCCCCGGGAUCCGGAGCACCGCAGCUACAGCAACCGCGGGGACCCUGGAGCUGAAAAGAGGGCUCGAGAGGAUGGGCACACGGACUUUGUGGCACUGCUGACCGGCAGAGGGUCGCAGGCAGUAGCCAGAAGCCGGGUGCUGCUGCUGCGGUCCACCCUGCGUUUCUCCGUCUCCUAUCGAGGGCUGGAGCGCGUCACCCGAGUCCGAUUCACAGACCCAAGUGGCAACAUCCUUUUCGAGCACCCUGCUCCCCAAGCCCAGGAUGGCUUGGUCUGUGGGAUGUGGCGGGCACUGCCCCGGCUGUCCCUUCGGCUCCUUCGGGCUGAGCAGCUGCACGUGGUGCUGGUCACACCCACUCACCCCUCAGGGGAGGUCUGGGGGCCCCUGAUCCGCCACCGGGCACUGGCUGCAGAGACCUUUAGUGCCAUCUUGACCUUAGAGGGCCCACCCCAAGCCAAUACUGGGGGCAUCGCUCUGCUCACCCUGAGUGACACAGAAGACUCCCUUCACUUCCUCCUGCUUUCCCAGGGGCUGCUGGACUCUAAGAGUGGUGGAUCUUUCCAUACUCCCCUGCGACUGCAGAUUCAACACCAGGACCAGCUCCUCCGAGAGCUCCAGGCCAAUGUCUCUGCUCAUGAACCUGGCUUUGCUGAAGUGUUGCCCGACCUCACGGCUCAGGAGAUGCAGUGGCUGGCUCUGGGAGAGCUUCAGAUAUCCCUGGAGAGGAAGGAGGGUCCCGGCCCCCGAAUCAGUGGGCACAUCAUUGCCAGGCAGAGCUGUGACACCCUGCAAAGUGUCCUGUGUGGCGCAGAAGCCCUGGUGCCAGUGGAGACUGGUGCCGCAGGCUCGGCCAGCCUCAGGCUUCUGGGGAACGGCUCUCUGCUCUACCAGGUGCAAGUAGUGGGCACGGCCAGCGAGGUCACAGCCGUGACUCUGGAGACCAAGCCUCGGAGGAGGAACCAGCGCAACGUCCUGUGUCAGAUGACCAGGGGCCAACAAGGAGGGCGCAUGAUCGUGGGCAUGUGUCCAGGCCUAGGUGCCCGGGGAGUCCACAUGCUGCUACAGAAUGAGCUGUUUCUGAAUGUGGGCACCAAGGACUUCCCUGAGGGGGAGCUGCGUGGGCAUGUUGCCACCGUGCCCUAUAGUGGGUAUAACGCCCGUCAAAAUGUGCUUCCAGUGCCCUUGGCAGGAGCUCUGGCCCUGCCUCCCAUACGAAGCCAAGCUGCGGGGCACGCUUGGCUUUUCCUGGACGGGCACUGCCAUCUGCAUUACGAGGUCUUGCUGGCUGGACUCAGUGGUUCUGAGCAGGGCACUGUCACUGUCCACCUCAUCGGCCCUCCCGGCCUUCCAGGGCCCCAGCGCCUGCUGAAGGGAUUCUAUGGUCCUGAGGCCCAGGGGAUUGUGAAGGAUCUGGAGUCUGAGUUACUGCACCACCUUUCCCAGGGCAGGGCCUUCCUGCUGGUCAGCACCAAGAACAGCCCCCGUGGGGAACUGCGGGGACAGGUGCACAUCCCCAACCAGUGUGAGGUGGGCAGCCUGCGGCUGGCGGCCCCUCUGCCCGACAGGCCGGCCCCCGAGCUGCAGGCGGCCGCGGCGCCCAGGAGCUACCUGAGCCCCGAAGCCCCGCUGGUGGCCGCGCCCGCGGUGCCCGCAUCCGUGGGCCCGGUGGCGCCCCCGCCCCCGCCCGAAGCUUCGCUGGCGGCGGUUCCUAAAGGGGGCGGGGGCGGGCCCCUGCGCGAGCCCAACACGUGCUUCUUUGAGGGGCAGCAGCGUCCGCACGGAGCGCGCUGGGCUCCCAACUACGACCCGCUCUGCUCUCUCUGCACCUGUCAGAGGCGAACGGUGAUCUGUGACCCCGUGGUGUGCCCUCCCCCGAGCUGCCCUCACCCCGUGCAGGCUCCAGACCAGUGCUGCCCAGUUUGUCCCAAAAAAUUGGACGUUGCAGACAGACAAGGGCUGGAUCGGAGUCGGGAUCCCGGAGAAGGCUGCUACUUUGACGGUGACCGGAGCUGGCGGGCGGCGGGUACCCGAUGGCAUCCCGUGGUGCCCCCCUUUGGUCUCAUUAAGUGUGCCGUGUGUACUUGUAAGGGAGCCACAGGGGAGGUGCACUGCGAGAAGGUGCAGUGUCCCCGACUGACCUGCGCCCAGCCGAUCCGGGCCAACCCCACCGACUGCUGCAAACAGUGCCCAGCGGGCUCUGGAGCGCGGGCCUGGCUGGGGGAUCCCAUGCAGGCGGACGGGCCGAGAGGCUGUCGCUUUGGGGGUCAGUGGUUCCCUGAGAGUCAGCGGUGGCAUCCGUCGGUGCCCCCCUUUGGGGAGAUGACCUGCAUUACGUGCAGGUGUGGGGCCGGGGUUCCUCACUGUGAGAGGGACAACUGCCCCCCCGCCUUGGCCUGUGGCUCCGGGAAGGAAAAUCGCUGCUGUUCUCACUGCUCAUCCCGAUCCUCUGAGACCAGGCUGGAGCCAGAGCUGGAGAAAGAAGCUACGGACUCUUAGGCGACUGACUGAACCUGAACAAAGUGUGUGCAAGAAGGCCGGGCCGAGGGGAGUGGGCGGCCGGACAGGUCAUCCAAGGGAGGACCGAUGCCAGCGUGGCCUCGCCUCUGCCGCCCCCGGCUCUAUCGGGGACUCGGGUCCCAAGCUGGCGCCAGUAUCAGGCCCCGACACUGCAUUGCCUGCUCCACCUCUCCCCGCCCCCACUUGUUUGCCCCCGCCCCGGCCUUCGGGCCCUUUUGCCCCUCGCCCCCCAGCCCCUGUAUAUAGCGCCACCGGCUUUUUGGGAUUUUUAAUUUAUCCUCACUCAGCACCAAGGCUCCCCCGCCCCCAACCUCACCAUCCUCGCCCUGAGCUGAGCAGAGUCAUACUGGAAAUGUAUAUAUUUAUUAAAAAUGUUUUUCAGUUCA